AAUAAAAAUUCGCUUUCUUAAAUAUUUGAAUUCUUUCUUACAACAGUAUGCUGAGGAUCCCCAUUUCUAUUCUCCCACAUCAAACACAUGCUCACUGUAUAUGAAUUCUGGAUUAAGCGUUUCAAUACAAACCUGGAGCAAAAGCAUGAAUAUGUUUUCAAUUGGAAAAUAAAAACAGAAUUGCUUCCAACUCCCGAGUAGAUUCUAUUUUAUUAAACUUCCAUCCAUGCAAAUUUUGGACAAAAUUCUCCGACCCGGAAGGAAAUUGGAGACGUUUUAAGUUUGGGUGAAGAGUCGACUGAAUCCCAAUUCAAUUUCAGUUGAGAAACAUCAACUUCAGCUCAACCCUAAUGUAUUGCCCAAGCCUCUCAAGACUGGGUUGGUCCACCCAAAUAACAACCUGUCAAAUAUUCAAGUAAGUAAUCAAUAAUUUUGUUACGAAAUCCUUGAUGUUGAAGUCAAAUUCAACCAGUGCCUACUGUUUUUGAGUUGGUGUAACAUCAAGAUCCACCCAAACCAAAGCCUCUCGCUUGUGUUUUAUGUGCUUCUGGGCUUCCACCAUGGUUUGAUCAUUUCCCUUUUUUCAUGUUUGGACCGACCCACCAUGCCACCAUGCCACACCCUAAUUUGAACAUUUGCCAGUUAGUUGUCUUGUUUCAAUGCAUGUUGCAAUAUCUCGCUUCAGGAUUCAAAAUGCCCAACGCCCAAAAUCAGAUUUGCUAGUAUAAUUUCCCUUUGAACAUUGUUAUUUUUUUUAGUUCUUUUUGAAAAUUUUGUUUCUAAAGUGAGACAUUCUUGGAAGAUUUGGGAGGAGGAAAUAGAGAAUGGUUGUGACAGUUAAUGGAGCAACAAUAAUUGAUGUUUUACAACAUCUAAUUCUGGAUUAAUAAAAGGAAUUAGUCAAACCCUAAACAGAAACACAUAUCAUAACCCAGUAGGUUAAUGCAAUGAUUCUUGAGGUUUUAGGUGAUGGGUUUGCAUCUCAACAACUAUUUGGUGCAGACAGCAACUCAUAGACCUUCAUGUAUCUUUCCAUCUUUCUUAUACUUCAAGGGAAGACCUUCUGAAGCAAUGCCUCACCAAUCAAACAUCUUCCACACAAAAACAAUUCUAAUUGAGUUCCUCUGUUUCCAUCAUCAUACACCUCUCCAUCUCCUCCCUUCUUUAAAAUUAUUUCACCAUAAAUAAACAUGCCUUAAGACCUCUCUAUCUUGCUCAUUGGUUUCCAUUGCAGUUCAUCUGGUAAUGGGGUCUUCAGAGAGAUCAAAGAAAAGAGUUCAGUUAUGGAAGAAAGCUGUUGUCCAAUUUUCUCUCUGCUUUGUUAUGGGUUUCUUCAUGGGGUUUGCCCCAGCGGGUAAGGCCUCAUUUUUUUCUAGCAAUGCUGCUGCAUUGAAUCAAUCACAGUUUUCCCCCCAACCAGUUGAGAUGUUGCAUCUUUCAAUGACACCGAAUGAUGGGAAUGGCAAUAGGACUUUGAUGGCUGAAACUCCAGUGGAAGUGCCGGCAAGGUCUAGAGAAGUGGAGACUGCAGAAGGCUUGCAGGAAGGAGAAGAUGAGCCCAAGUUGGUUCCUGGAAGGCUUCUGAUUAUUGUUACUCCGGCAGGUUCGGAAGAUCCUUCUCGGGGGGUUUUGCUGAGGAGGUUAGCUUAUACUCUAAGAUUGGUUCCUCCCCCACUGCUGUGGAUUGUAGUGGAAGCACAGACAGAUUCCUCUGAAGUUUCAGAAAUACUUAGGAAAACUGGUAUUAUGUAUAGGCAUUUGGUUUCCAAGGAGAAUUUCACCGAGCCAGCAGCUGAAAUGGAUCAUCAGAGGAACCUUGCGCUCAGUCACAUUGAGCACCAUAAGCUGAGUGGGAUCGUUCAUUUUGCUGCUCUUUCCAAUGUGUAUGAUCUCCGCUUCUUCGAUGAGAUUAGAGACAUUGAGGUGUUUGGGACAUGGCCAAUGGCAUCACUCUCAGCAAACAGGAACAAGGUGAUCAUGGAAGGACCCGUAUGCGAUUCUUCGCAAGUCAUCGGAUGGCAUCUAAAGAAAAUGAACAAUGAAACAGAAACAAGAUCCCCACUUCAUAUUUCCGGCUUCUCAUUCAACAGCUCUAUUCUUUGGGAUCCAGAAAGAUGGGGUCGCCCUUCAUCUGUUCAGGACAAUUCACAGAAUUCCAUCAAAUUCGUGAAAGAAGUGGCUCUUGAAGAUGAGAGUAAAUUGAAGGGUAUACCACAAGAGGAUUGCUCCAGGAUAUUGCUCUGGAAUCUGCAUAUUCCAGUGGGGACGAUACCAAGAUAUCAUCAAAGACUAACUCCAUUGGAUGAUAGUAGAAGAUGAUCAUAGAGCAAGUAAAGAGAAUCAAGAAGGAAAUACACAGGACCAGAGAUUGAAAUUAGAGGCAAAUAUAUGAUCCCUUAUGAGAAUCCCACCUUUAUUUUGUAAUUCCCUUUUUGAUAAUAUUUUUUUUUCACUUUUAGAAA